AUGCCGCUGGAGAACCUGGAGGAGGAGGGGCUGCCCAAGAACCCCGACCUCCGCAUCGCCCAGCUCCGCUUCCUCCUCAGCCUCCGGCCCCGCGCACCCGACCCCGCCGCGCGCGACGAGCUGAUGGCGGCCGUGCGGCUCCACAAUAUGGCUCCAUAUUAUGAAGCACUCUGCAAGUCUCUGGAGUGGCAGAUAGACACAGAUCUGCUGAACAAAAUGAAGAAAGCUAAUGAGGAGGAAUUGAAACGACUUGACAACGAGUUAGAGGAUGCAGAAAAGAUCUUGGGGGAGAGUGAAAUCCGAGAUGCAAUGAUGGCCAAAGCUGAGUACCUAUGCAGGAUUGGGGACAAGGAGGGAGCUUUGACUGCCUUCCGCAAGACUUACGACAAAACUGUGGCGCUGGGACAUCGUCUGGAUAUUGUCUUCUAUCUUCUGAGGAUUGGCUUGUUUUAUAUGGAUAAUGACCUCAUCACACGGAACAUUGAGAAGGCAAAAAGUCUAAUAGAAGAAGGAGGAGACUGGGACAGGAGAAAUCGUCUCAAAGUGUACCAAGGCCUUUACUGUGUAGCAAUUCGAGAUUUCAAGCAAGCAGCAGAGCUCUUCCUUGAUACAGUUUCAACGUUUACAUCCUAUGAACUCAUGGAUUACAAAACAUUUGUAACAUACACUGUCUAUGUCAGCAUGAUUGCACUGGACAGGCCUGACCUUCGGGAAAAGGUUAUUAAGGGAGCAGAGAUUCUGGAAGUGUUGCACAGUUUGCCAGCUGUAAGGCAGUAUCUCUUCUCUCUUUACGAGUGCCGUUACGCAGCCUUUUUCCAGUCAUUAGCUAUUGUAGAGCAAGAGAUGAAGAAAGAUUGGCUGUUUGCACCUCACUAUCGAUACUACGUACGGGAAAUGAGAAUUCAUGCAUACAGCCAGCUCCUAGAGUCCUACCGGUCACUGACAUUAGGUUACAUGGCAGAGGCAUUUGGAGUCAGUGUAGAAUUCAUAGAUCAGGAGCUCUCAAGAUUUAUUGCAGCUGGGCGGUUGCACUGCAAAAUAGACAAAGUCAACGAGAUUGUAGAAACAAACAGGCCUGAUAGCAAGAAUUGGCAGUACCAAGAAACCAUCAAGAAAGGAGAUUUGCUGCUAAACAGAGUUCAGAAACUUUCCAGAGUAAUUAAUAUGUAACUUUUUUUUUUUUUUUUAAUGCAAGGGAAUGCAAA